GGAGUUUCUGUAGGAUCUGUCUCUGUGGGUGUUCUGUGUCCUGUGAUUUCAGCUGAGUUUGGUAUAGAGACACAUCUGUUCCCAUGUUGCCUGUUGUGGUAGUGCAUGGUGGUGCAGGAUACAUCCCCAAUGAGAGAGCUGAGCUCUCCUCCGCCGGGGUGCGGGAGGCAGCAAGGCGUGGUUAUGCCAUUCUUCAGUCAGGAGGCAGUGCCAUGGAUGCUGUGGUGGAAUCGGUCACUAUUUUAGAAAACAACCCAACAUAUAAUGCAGGUCGAGGGUCAGUGUUGAACGUAAAAGGGGAAGUUGAGAUGGAUGCUCUGGUGAUGGACGGACGAACUUUAGCCAGUGGAGCUGUGUCUGCUGUUAGGAGAGUUGCUAAUCCGAUUCAGCUGGCCAGGCUGGUUAUGGACAAGACGAAGCACCUGUGUCUGACUGCAGAGGGGGCUUCCAAGUUUGCUAGAGCCAUGGGCGUCCCUGAAGUACCUGAAGAGUCCCUGAUCACCGACUAUUCAAGGAUGCGUUGGAAGCAGAACCUGGUGCCGGGUGCCAAUCCAGUGGAGAGCCAAAUGGGCAAGAUGGGCACGGUAGGGGCAGUAGCUGUAGAUGCAGAGGGAAACGUGGCCUGUGCUACCUCUACAGGAGGCAUGAUCAACAAAAUGGAGGGUCGUGUUGGAGAUACACCAUGUGUUGGGUGUGGAGGCUAUGCUGAUAACCAGACUGGGGCUGUAUCACCCACUGGGCAUGGAGAAGCCAUCAUGAAAGUCUGUCUGUCCCGACUUAUUCUCUUUCACAUGGAGCAAGGAAAAAGCCCAGAGGAGGCGAGCGACAUGGCCCUGACCUACAUGAAAGAGCGGGUGCAUGGUCUGGCUGGUGUGGUGGUUGUGGACCCUAAAGGUGCCUGGGCAGCUCGCUUUAGCAGCAAACAGAUGUCAUGGGCUGCAGCCCAGCAAGGGCAGCUCCACUAUGGACUGUACCAUGGAGAGGACCUCACUGAGCCUGUAUAGUGACACUCACCAUGAGCACGAUCAUGUACACUCCACAAAAUCUUAAAAUGUUCUUAACACAAUCAUAAAUGAAUUGCACUGUUAGGCCAAAGCUGAACUUGUUGUAUUGCUGUUUAUGAAGGCACAAAGCUGCUACCUGUGUGGAACUGUUUAGGACUGAUUGAAGCAAAUUACGUGGCAUUCCUGUGUCAAUGCAAGUCAACCUGAAAAACCUCAAAUAAUAACAGAGCAGGGAUAGCAGUGUUGCACCACAUGGUGUGUGAUUUUUAAAUCAUAAAUUCUCAUAUAUUUUUCAACUCAUGUAUUCUCGAACUGAUGGAAGAACUUAAAGCCAUUAGGUUUAUCAGUCAAACAAGAGAGAUUUUCCUGAAAUGUUAAUGCUAAUCCACUGUUGAUCUGGAGGAUGAAGUGUUUUUGCCUCUGGGAUCUCAUGUUGACCCAUUUCUUAUUUGUUUCCAAACUAUUUUGUUUUCUUUAUCCAAUGGAUAGUGAAAUUCUAUUAUAGAAAUACGUCCAUAGAUUUGUUUCUCUAAUAGUUUUAUGACCCUAAACUUAAAGCUGUAUGAUGUAAUUUUAGCUUUAAAAACACAAAGAGAAAUGUGGCUGACAAUCACUUUAAAAAGCCUUUAACUGUCAUUUUUGUAGAUGAAUACUGACUUAGAAAUCAUACAUAAUUGGUCUUAUUGGACAAACCUGAAGAUUUGACUUGAUACUAAGAUGUUUCUCAACAUGGCACAGGAGUAAUGCUGCUUUUUCCAUAUCCACCAAAUGUAUGUAAUGCAGCUUUAAUGUUUAUUAUUAAACACUAUUCCAGAAGAUCAGGGCAUAAAAAUAACUUUCAGUGAACCUCUAUGCAAGAGGAUUUCUUAAUUUCCUUACUAGCUUUUGAUGCGAACAUAACUGAUGUUCAAACAGCUUAAAAUAGAACAUUAAGGUGAAGUUGAAAGUUUACAUACACUUUUAAGAAACAUGCAUGUCAUGUGUGCUUUACAAUUUUACUGAUUUUUGUAAAUGUUCUUUGUUUUCCCAUGUCUGCAAGGGUUUCCUGUGACUACUUUGUUUUCUCUCUAAAUGUUGGCUGCUCUAAAUUACCCGUAGGAGUGAGUGGGCAUUUGUUGACCUGCAGCUGCAUUGGCUGACCAUGUCCAGUGUGUUUUGUUUUCCUCCAAUGCAGCCUGUGUUUUUGGAGACAGUUAGUCAAAAAAAAAAAAAAAAACUGAACAGACAGACAUGUUGAUAAAGGAUGGGAAAACUAUAAUGAAAUAAUAAUGAUUCUAAAUGAAGAACAGCAUUGUAAAUGGGAGAUUCAUUGCUUUUAUUUUAUUUAUCAGAGAUUAUAAUUACUGUAUCAAUA